UCUUGAAAUACAGAUUUGUCUGUUUGCGUUUUAAUUUUCAUCUACAACAUAAUACUAUGGCUGCUAAUAUUUCAGAGCCAUUCGUGACUGCACAUCAUUUAACCCAGAAGAUUCAAUCAAUCAGUGAAGGUCCACCUGCACGGAAUCAUCUCCUCACAACCAGAAGUAAUCUUGAUAAAAACGGUUUAGUGAGAAAAUGGACAUUCGGACAGCAAGACGUCAACAUGCAAAACAAAAUAAUCCUCUUGGUAGGAGAAAGUGGAACAGGCAAAACUACUCUGAUCAAUGUGAUGGUUAAUCAUUUACUUGGGGUGAAGUUUACAGAUGAAGUGUGGUUUGAGAUUACAGAAGAAGGAGAUUUGAAUGACAUGCCAGAUCAGUCAAAUAGUCAAACAACUCAAAUCACAAUGUAUGAAGUCUUUGCUCAGGAAAACCCAAUCUGUCUAACCCUCAUUGACACUCCAGGUUAUGGAGACACGAAGGGAACACACAUGGAUAAACAGAUUGGUGAAAAUCUGUACAAACUGUUAAACACUGAAACUGGAGUGAAAGAAAUUGAUGCAGUGUGUCUGGUAGUGAAGGCAUCUGAUAAUCGGCUUUCUGACAGACAGCAUUACAUAUUUGAUGCAGUUUUUUCUUUGUUUGGUAAAGACAUCGAGAACAGCAUUGUUAUUUUUGUCACUCAUUCAGAUGGAUUGCCUCCAACAAAUGUAAUUAAUGCCAUCAAGAAAGCAGAGAUUCAGUGUAGGAAAGAACAAAAUGAACCAGUGUAUUUCUUAUUCAACAAUCGCCAAACUGAGAAAAGAAACGAAACCUUUAAGAGGGGUCAUCAGACGGCUUGGGAACAAACAGAGGACAGUUUAAAAAUGUUCUUUGACUCACUGAAAGGGCAGAACAGAAAAAGUUUAGAGCAGACUGCAUGUGUUCUUACGGAGUCCAUCCAACUUGAAGCCUGUCUUGUUAAUCUACAGUUUCGCAUUGAAUUUGAAGAGAACAAAGGUGAAGAACUGGCUCAGACACAGAAAGCCCUUGCAGAAAACCAAGAAAAGAUUAAAAGAAAUGAAAACUUUACUUUUACAGUCACCAAGUAUUACAAAGAAAAGGUUGCUAUUAACAAAAAAGCAUGGCAGAAAACUAAGGCCACCACUUGCUCUGUCUGUCAGGAGAACUGCCAUGAGUAUGGCUGCUCCUUGACCCCUAAUGUUCUGUGGUGUGAAGUCAUUAAACAAAACUACUGCACUUCGUGCACAAAUAAAUGUCAUUUCACUAAACAUGUCAGAGAAAGCAAGAAAUAUGUCACCAGAAGCAAAUGCGUCACCAUGACGUAUGAUGAUUUAAAACGACAAUGUGAAAAUGAUGAUUUAGCAUUCAACUUAAGGGCUGUUGUAAACAUCAGAGAGGACCUUCAAAACAACAAGAAACAAGCACUGGAGCAUCUUAACAUAGAAAAUAGUCUGAUAAUACAACUGAUCAGAAAUAAAAAGGAAAAGGCCAAGCUGAUAGAAGAAGCCUGCACCAUUAUCAUUAGAUUGUCAGAAAUUGCUUUAAAGACAGAUUCUGCUUACAUUGUUAAGUCUCUUGACUUUUUGAUCCCUCGAGCUGAGGAAACUGGAAGAGAUUUCCUCGCAGACAAACUAAAAGCGCUCAGGAAAAUUCAGCCUGAAUCACAGGAAAGAGUUAAUGCUGCAAUGGGGUAUUACAACAAGCUACAUUAAAGUUAAAUUCAGGUGAUUAAACAUGGCCAUGAAGCAUUUAAUGAGGAAACUCAACAGUGCAAAUUAUAUCCAAUGAAUAAGAUAUUUAAGAUUGUAAAUAAUUAUAAAUAAUUUCAUUUAGAAAUGAGAAAGAACCAAUCUUGGGUGAACUUGGACAUAAUUGGCCAUGUAAUAAGACAGGAAAUUGUACAGCUUGUUUUAUAUUUUGUCCGUUUCAGACCAUGUAUUCUUAUCUUUAAUUAAAAAGCAAUUCUUUAUAUGGAAACUUUAACGUUUGUGGUAAAGCAGCAUGUUCACACCCAAAAACUAAUAACAUCAUUUUAUUUAACCACUCAGGCAAAACAUUAAAACAUUCUGAGUGGUGAAGUGAAGAACACUGAUGAUCUUCAUCAUGGCACCUGUUAGUAUGUGGAUUUAUUUAUUAGGCAGCAA